AAACAAUAAUCAGUCGACUUGAAUUUGAUUCUCCGGCGAACUCUCCGAACCUCCGUGUAAUCCCUGAGAACGAGUCAUUAUCGAUUUAGGGUUUAGGUGUUAUGGAGAGCCAGGACUCGGACGAGCCGAUGCAGAAGAAGCCUCAUCUUCUGGACUCCGUCUCUCCGACCGCCACGGCCCCUAACUCUUCGCCGUCUCAUCCCGUCGCUAAAAGUGUUGAUGCGACGGUUCUACAGUUACAGAAUCAGAAGCUUGUGCAGCAGUUAGACCUGCAGAAGAAACGUAUGUACGAUGUUGAGACUAAGAUUCAUGAGUUGCAUCUCAAUCAAAGCUCUUAUGAUGACCAGCUUAUCUCUGUUAACCGGCUCUGGAACCAGUUGGUAGAUGAUCUGGUCUUGCUUGGAGUUCGAGCUGGAGCCAAUCAAGAGGCUCUUAAAUACUUGGACAUUGCAGAUAAAAAGCGAGGUUCAGUUCCGCCAUGUGCUGCUGACGAAAUGUUUCUGUGUAGACUUCUUGAAGUAGAUUCCAUAGGUGCUAGUAAUAGUGAUGAGGUAGUGAGAAAGGUUGAAGAAGCUCUUUCUCUACGUCAUUCCUCUACAGUAGAGUUGAUGGGAGUCUUUGAAAACACCAUUGCUACUCAGAGGACUAAAGCUGAAAGCAUAUCACAGAAUUUACAGGCUGUGAAAUCUGCAGAAGACGCCACUGUUCAGUUGUCUAACAUUAACGAUUUAAUGAAAGAGGAGGCCAGAAACUUGCGUGAGAUGAUUGACGCUUUAAAUGCGAGGCACAAAGAACAGACUGAGCAGAUUCAAGCGUAUGUAAGCAGCCAUUCAACAGAUCAAUCCGAGCUUAAACACCUCAAAGGUGAACUGGAAGAGAUCAAGGCUGAGCUUGAAGAGAAUAGACGAAAAUUGAUAAACCUGAAAAUGCAAAAGGAUGCAGCAUGUGAAGGUCAUGUAACAUCAUCACCAGCAGUAGCUAAUGGAAGCGUUUCUCCUGAGAAGCCUGUAGAUAAAACGAAGUUGCGUGAAUUGAAGGACUCAAUUGAUGAAAUAAAGAUAGUGGCAGAAGGUCGUCUCUCUGAGCUCCAAGCUGCACAAGAGUAUAAUCUUUCCUUGUCAAGACAGUGUGAAGAUAUUGAGAAUGAACUAAAGGAUGACCAGUAUAUAUACUCGUCUAGACUGUAUAACUUGAUCAAAGAGCAACUUCAUCACUGGAACGAUGAUGUGGAUCGGUAUAAACUUUUAUCCGAGGCCGCUCAGGCUGAAAGGUCCUUUGUAAUGAGACGAGAGAAGGACCUAAAUCAAAGGGAAGAAUCCCUAGAGGCAGCUAAACAGAAGAUAACUACUGUUGGUUCUCGAAUUGAAGUGCUGGAACAGAAGCUGCAGAGUUGUAUAGUUGAAAAGAAUGGAUUGGAGCUUGAAACAGAAGAAGCUAUCCAAGACUCUGAGCGGCAAGAUAUUAAAAGAGAGUUUAUUACAAUGGCAUCAACGUUGUCUAAAGAGAUGGAAAUGAUGGAAGCGCAGUUGAAACGGUGGAAGAACACCGCACAUGAUGCUCUUGACCUGCGUCAACAAGCUCAGUCGCUGAGAGUUUCGUUAAGUAACAAGGCAGACGAACAGAAGGGUUUAGAGGAUAAAUGUGCUGAACAGAUGGCGGAAAUUAAAUCUCUCAAGGCUCUAAUUGAAAAACUGUUGAAAGAGAAGUUAGAGUUGCAAAAUCUAGCAAGCAUAUAUACUCGUGAGUGUAAUGAUGAAAGUUUCAGAGGAUUAGCAGAAAUCAAGGAAUCACAACGGAAAGCUCAGGCUCAGGCUGAGGAGCUGAAAAACGCUUUAGAUGAACACUUUCUUGAGUUGAGAGUGAAAGCAGCUAAUGAGACUGAAACUGCUUGCCAAGAACGACUUGCGACCGCAAAGGCUGAAAUCGCUGAAUUGAGGACUCAGUUAGAUAUUUCUGAGAGGGAGGUUUUGGAACUUAAGGAAGGUAUCAAAGUUAAAGAGCAGGAGGCAGAGGCUUUGAUUGCUGAAAUGGAGACUGUUGGUCAAGCCUAUGAAGACAUGCAAACACAGAACCAACAUUUGUUGCAGCAGGUGGCUGAGCGUGAUGAUUAUAAUAUCAAGCUUGUUUCCGAGAGUGUCAAGACAAAGCAUGCUUACAACACACACUUAUCUGAGAAGCAAGUAAUGGAAAAGCAGCUCCAAAAUGUUAAUGCAUCAGUAGAGACUCUAAAAGCAAGGAUUGCACAUAGUGAGGAACAGAUGAAAGGCUGUUUCGCUGAGGCUUAUAAACUAAUUCAAGAAGAUCGUCACCUCGUUCUCAGUCUCGAAACCGCCAAGUGGGAAUUAGCUGAUGCUGAAAAGGAGUUCAGGUGGAUCAAAUCGGCUGUUUCUUCAUCCGAAAAGGAAUAUGAACAGAUCAGCAGGAGGACAGACGAAAUCAAACUGGAAUUGGAUGAUGAAAGGAGUGAGAAGAAGAAGCUUGAGGAAGAGCUGAUGGAGUUGAACAAGGAGCUUGAAGAGUUGGGUUCUGAGAGUGUAGAAGCUGCAACACUCAGACUCCAGGAAGAAGUUAAAAAUUGCAAAAACAUCCUCAAGUGUGGCGUUUGUUUUGAUCGGCCUAAAGAGGUGGUAAUCAUGAAAUGUUUUCAUCUCUUCUGCAAGCAAUGCAUCCAACGAAGCUUAGAGAUCCGACACCGGAAAUGUCCAGGCUGUGGCACCGCCUUUGGCCAGAGUGACGUCCGAGUUGUCAAAAUGUAAAACAGACAAGAGAGACACAUGGUGUUAGUACAUAACACACUUAACUACUUAAGGUCCACAAUCUCAUCUUUUACCUGCCACUCUUCAAUAAUAUAUUGUAUGGGAAAUGGUGGCCUCUUCUGUGGAUGUGUUGGUUAAGAUAUAACCACCAAAUCUCUGUGUUUCCAGCUAAGUCGGUGAUGAGAAGUUAGGUGUGGCAUCUUUAUGGAGAGAGUGUAGUUUUUAAGUAUUUUGACAGUAGUGUGUUUUUUUUUGUGUUGCCUCCAUUUAUGCCUUCGUUUAAUGACAUGGGGACCGACAAAGACAUCACAAAUAGGCCAGAGCAGUAAGAUAAUAUUGCAUCUUUGCAAUUUGCAGUGAAACUUCUCAUGCUUUGUUGUGGAA